AUGCAGUCAAGCCAAGCCAAAAUACAUAAUGAAAACAACCAGGAUGAUGUUGAAUCUCCUGCUCCACGGCAUAAGAUCCCAUCAAUCAGUCGGCACGUGCGUUUCCCUGAGGCUCCUGACAAUUGCACUAGCGAUGAGUUGAUCGCGGCAUACAUCGCUUCAUGUAAACUCUACAAGACGCCUACUGUGGAUUUUCUGCUUGAACAACUGAGGGGAAUCGAUCUUUCCAUUUGUAAUGAGCGUUACAGUCGACUUUGUCUACGAGGCACGAAACUCAGUCGAUUCCAGAUUGAGACUCUAGAAGAGGUAUUUCGAAGGGUCCAUUUUCAGGAAGUUGAUCUGGAAGGCACCUUCCUCGACGAAGCUUCAGCCACGGCAUUAUUUGAUAUGAUGCUGCACUACGAAACGUGUGUGGAACUGUCCAUUUCUUUGAACCUGGAAAAAGUUGGUCCUAGCAUUGCUUGGCCCCGAUGUAUAACAUAUCUUCGGAAGUCCGCCGCCCUACAGGCCUUCAGAUUAUCUCACACACCACUUGUGGCAAGCCUCUUUAGUGGGCUUUCGCUCUCAGGUCUCUCAUUGAGGAGCCUCACUUUCCGUGACUGUGCUCUUUCUGGCCCCCCGUUAUACUGUCUUCUCCGCCUGCUGCGAUGCCUCAUGACUUAUACAGGUAAUAGCAAUGAUAGUGGCCUUUCCAAAGCCUCUACAGGAGCUAAUGGAAGUCGCUAUCUGCGGCCUUCCUUCCGUGGGCCUAUGGCUCCAGUGCCAUGGGGUCUGAGCCUGCACCUACCCGAGAAUAGGAUUCACGGAGCUGACGCAACGAAUCUUCUUUUGCUUGUCCGUCACCAACUUGUUCUUCUUCCUGGCCCGCCUACUCCCGACACCGUUACCCCUACCGCUGCCUCUGCAUGUACCAAUAAACCCACUGGCGGCUCAGGCUACCUAGAGGAGCUCGAUUUGUCCCACAAUUCCCUUAGAGACGAGGGUGUGCGGGUGUUGUGCUCUGGUCUGCUCCAAGCCUACGAGCUGCAGCAUCGACGUUUGGAAGUCGCCCUUGCUGCGAUCGCUCAAGCUACCGCCACCUUUGACGCCUCUCGCACCAUGAUGCCUCCGAAGUGUGCUUUGCCGCAGGCACGCGGACUACAGCGUCUCAACUUGGCGGACAACGGACUCGGUGGUGGAGGGGCCGGGCGCCACUUAGCUGCAGUGCUACGCUGCUCUAUCGAACGUCUCGCACCCCUCCUCGGUGGCCUUACCCAUCUUGAUCUCAGCGACAACCCGGGCUUCGGAGAUGCCGGUGUGGUCGAUCUCUGCGAUGGCCUCGUUCGGAACUUCACUCUUCGUGAGCUGUGUCUGCGCAAUGUACGCGUUGGAUUUGAUGGUGUGUUUGCUCUUUCGGGAUACAUUGGCGAAACAAAGUCUCUUGUUCACCUGGAUCUUCGGCAAAACACCGUUGACACAGCUGGAAUGAUGGCGCUGACGCGAACUCUCAAGGUCAACAGGUCCCUUACCGCUCUCCUUUUGGACGCCCGUCGUCUUACCUCACCCCCAAAUGAGGUGAAUGACAUGUUACAAAUCCUUCUUCAAGAACUAGAUGACUACCUUCGCAGGAAUCGUAAAAUUCAAUCUGUAUCGCCAAGCUCCACGCUUCCAAAAGACUGUGAAACAUUCUCUCCGAAGAUCCAAACUGCUAUUGAACAUGUGUCUCCGACAAGCACGGCAGAGGAUAUAAACAGCGCUGAAGAGGCAGAGAUCAAGGAGAUCCUGCUUGAUCCGCCAAAGCCUACCGUUACGCACACAAAUGACCUCUCAUUAUUUUGGGGCUCUAGAAGGACUAAAGAACGUUCAGGAGAGCAGUUGAUGUUGAAGGAUGAAAAGGUUUUAAGCACCAGUAUUGAAAGUAAUGAGAACGAGCCCCUAUCACAAUUUACACCGGAACAGGAGCUGGUGGAAUUGUACUCAAAUAAUUUAAGUACUUCUGCUGAUGCACCAAUUGUUGCAGAUGUUGGGACUCCCGUUAACAUGGAAGCUAGCCAAUCCGAACCUGAAAGGCUUGUCGAAGAUCAUACACUGAGCUCUGAUCAGUUAAAAUCGGCUGAUAUAUCGAAACUAGAAAUAACCAAGAAUGCACUGAUCGUCACUAGGCCUGAACCUGAAGACCUUACUGCUGGAUCUUCGAUUGAUUCCGCAACACACAACUUGGAUCGUCAGGGGUUAGCAGCUUCACAAACAAACGAUGCAUCGAAUGCUAUUCUUACCAACGUUGAACCAAAUGCCUCAUCUGAUUUUGGAGCUUGUAAACCUGAAUUUGAAGGUCUUGGCGAUGAGCCUCCGAUGGAAUUUGAAGCUUUUCUGAUGGCGCAGAAAGAAGCAAAUUAUGCUUUGAAUCCAGACUCUAAUGACCAACUGGGAGUCAAUGCUGAAGCCUUCCAGUUAGGUGACUUGAAAACUGAAGGUUUUUACUUCAAUGGCGGAGUGGAUAAAGGUUCUAGUGAUCUUGAUCUCGUAGAUUCACUGAUUACUGCCGAAACAAAUGUAGAACAUGGUUUGGAAUCGUGCGGACCUACGAACAAAGGUUCUGAAAAUGAUAAUGCAGCUGGCUUGGAUAUCCUUCCAGAGGGUCGAAAUAAUAAAAUACCACUCCAAGCUGAUAAAACUGUAAUUGGUGAUGAAGUUCCGCCGAAGAUAGACACUCUACAGGGGGUUCUCUCAGAAUCUGCUGUUCCUCUUUCAAGCGAAUUGAAUGAAUCUUCUGCCAAUAUUAAUGAAAGCUCUGAGGAUUUGCAUAAUAUCGGAGAAACAACGAUUUUCACUCAUUCGGGUGUUAGUGAACCUACAAUAGGUGCUUCCCAGGCUAAAAUAGUAGUGAUGCAUAAAAAACCGAUGCUAUCGGAAGCUAAUGCUUUAGUAAAAUCAAAUUCUGUUGGAGUUGAGGAGAAUUCUGCUGUUUUGUCGAUUAGUGACGAGGCAAAGAUUCCAAUUUCCAUGGGAAAUGUCAAUUCUGACACUGUAGAUCUUUCGAAAGGAUUUCCGAUUGAGUCCAAAGAGUUGCAUAUGGAUAGUUUGGAGCAGGACUUACUUAAAAGCACACGACUUUUAGAUCUUCGCAACGAUAACAACGCUGGAAAACUCGAAACUGAUCUGGUUGUAGAACCUCGAUCUGAGAUCAUGGUUGACCAGCCAGGAAAACUUGAAGAAAAUUUUGGGGGUCUAAAAAUCGCUGAAGAUUUUAAUAAAUCCACAACUUCAAAUGCUUCCAACCUUGAGAUUGAAGGCUCUUUGAGUGCGCAAAGUGUAAAGGAGACUCCCAUGGGCUCAACAGCUACUGAAGGACUUAAAACUUCCGUUACUCUGAAAGCUGGUAAAUUUGAUGUUGAAAACCUAGGCAAUGAAUCAACAGUUGAAUUCGGAGCCCUACAUUCGAUUCAUUCCGAUUUAACAGAUUACAGAACUAAUGAUAAGUCGGUCGAGGGUUCUCUUGAGGUGGAAUCGAGGAUUUGUUCUACUUUCGAAGCGCAAGCUGAAGUAAUAAACAGCGGAAAACUAGUAGAAGUGGAUAAUCUACAGGAUUCUCUCAUCCCUGUUAUUGGAUCUGCUAGCCAGAAAUCAAGUUCCGAGGAUUUGCUAAAGGAGGCAAUGCAGCAGUAUCUCAACCCUGAGUUGGCAGCAGAAGUUAGACAGGGAGAUGCAACGGUCAUUCCUCAAUCGGCAUCAGCAAAUAAAAGGUCGACAAACAUAGAUUCAGAGACUAGUGAGUCUGAUGACUCCCUUUUCAAUGAAUCUAGUAAUUCGCCGAAAAUGACUGUAAAUCUUUUUGACGGUGAGGUCGAGGUAGAGGGAGAUGGGGAAGAAGGAAAAUUCAAAGAGGAUGCUUUCCAGAAGGAUUCUUUGUGCGGCGAAGAAGCAUGUUGGGAUGACGCGGCAUGGGAUGGUAAUGAUGGUAACGACCGAAAUACAUCUUUAAAAAUGGAAGACUCGCCUCAAUCUGGUUCGAAUGAAUGCACAAAAACAGAUUAUGGAAGUGGAUUGGAGGCUGAUAAUAAGUUGCUCUUGGUUGAUAAGGCUUCUCAAGGUGAUUUUGAACGAGUUGGGAGUGGGAUUGAAGGCUCUGCGAAAGUUGCGGAGGGAUCCUUCCACCUACACGAUUCUACUAUUGAAGUUGAGAAUGUCUGGACAUCCGCUAAGCGGAGUGAAAACACAGACGAUGUGGUUAGGGUAGUUAAAUGUGCUACUGAGGACCAAUCAGAACUUCACAGCAUGGAAAAUUUAUCAAAUAUUGAAUUGGGAUCAAUGAUACCUAAUGAGAACUUGCACCAAAUAACGAAUAAAAUGCACACAUCUGCUAUCUUGGAUGAUAAGGUUGUAGGGGAUAUGGGGAAUUCUGGCAAUACCUCCAAGCACGUUGACGAAUCACACACCGAAAAGUCUGUUUGUGUUGCAAAAUAUGAGGCCGUUGCCGAGCAUUCCGACGAUGUGCUUCUGCACAAUAUGGACUUGACCGUUUCUGAUGAAUCUAACAGGUGCUGCAGAACUGAUGGUGGAUGUGAGCUUAUAACUUCAGAGAGGGAAAACAUACAAGAAACUGUAUAUUUGAACUUCAAGAAUGUUUUAAAGAGCUCGUCUACUUUAAUCGGAGCUUCUAAAUCGCUUGAUUUCAUCCCGAUGGAAACAAAAACGAUUUCACUUGAUAACAAAAAGGCGGAGUCAUUUGGGUUUAUGGACUUCUCUGGGCCUAAUGUUGAACGUGAUUGUUCUGGAAGCAAGACAAUAAUUGGACCCGAACAUGUAUCUGAUUCUCAAGCAGAAAUUGUUGGUGAGAAGAUAGAUUCUCAAAGUAAUGUGCUUGGUGGGGAAACGGAUUCUGAGGGAAUCCAGUUUCAUCUUCGAGUCGAUGCACGUUUAGGACUCUUGGAAAGCCCCAAGUCAUCUUUUAAUGUCAACCCUGAAUCAUCACAACUAACCCUUGGUGAAAAUUUUGAAGGUGGGGAGGCUUCAAGUUCGGUUCUCAAGCAGAUUAGCUCAUUGGAAGAAGGAGUUAUAAAUUCAGCAGUCAUGGGAAAUAAAAAUCCAGGUCCUUCAACAGUGAUCGCUUUGGACUUGGAAGGCAAAGAGUAUGCGUCAAAAUUAUCUGAGGAAGCUGAAGGUAUAAGGUCCAGAUCAAUAGCAGGACCUGUUAAUUUUUUGGACCUUCCUCCCGCUGAAACUGAACCACAUUUGGGUGAAUUUGUCUCCCUUCCAACUAUUCCUGUUACGCUCAACAGAGCGUUCGAUACUAUGCCCUUAGGGGAACGAGAGCUUGGCAGGACCUCAAUAGUAGGUUGCGGGGGUGGUUCAGACAACUUGUCAAAUCGGGAUGGAACAGAAUUGGAUAAAUCAUCUGGCCUUCGUAAAACUAAUUCCCAUUUGUAUGCCAGGGACCAGUCGUCAAGUUAUCCGCUCGAUUUUGUUCAUUUCUUACGUAAACCACUUAUUCAGCCUAAUGGCCCUGAGAGUGUUACGUCGCCUACAGGCGAGGCCGAAUUAGUCUUACAGCAAUCACCUGAAGGAAUAGCUCCAGAAUUAUCAGAGAACGACAUUCUUUGUGAGUCGGAUAUUAGCCUUGAUUGUGGAGGGCAACUGGUCAAUCCACUUCCAGAUUCUACAUCUCUUGAGGGAUCAAAACUCGAAGCAGCAGAGGCCAGUUUUGGCAGUUUUAAAUCAUUGAAUCAAAUUGAUGGAGAUCGAAUGUCAAAUUGUCCGGUUCCAUCUUCGCAUGAGGAACCAUCAGCUACAUCUUGUCCGGUUGUGGAGUUGUCCGAAAUGGAUAAAAACAGCACUGUUAGUGGGCUUGGUGAAAGAAAUGCAACAUACGAACCGUCUGAACUACUUUGCACUGGUGACUCCCAUGUAAAUUUUGGGGCUGAAAGGUCGAUUGCCGACGUUUUGUCGACGGAUGCCAAACUUUUUAAUAGUUUCCAGCGUGGCGAUGAAUUAGCUAGAGACGAAGGAUCUCACUCGAAAUCGUCUUCGGAUCCGAAUGCUACUCAUGACUGGAAAGGUGAAGGACUUCCGUCUUUUGAUGUUUGUCAGAUGGAAUCGUCCACUAGAGUCCCAAUAGACGGCGCACACAGCGAUAAUUUCAGUGCUGAGAAGGGACAAAUUGGUGGUAUCAGUGAUGCUAAGUCGCUAGACUUCAAACCGCCCAUUAGAACAAAAGAAAUAACAGGGAUCGAUGAAUCAGAAGUAAAACUGACUGUUCACAAAAUGCUCCAACCAAGCAUUGCAGAAGAUAUCUUAAAUGGUGCAAAUAGGAAUAAUCUAGCCCAAAUCGAAUUUGAUACGAUGUCCACGGGGGUUAUGGCAGUUCAGGCUGAACUACUUUCCCGAUCUGUAGAACCGGAGAUUUUCGGUCCUGCAACCCAACAUGAUAGG